AUGUACCAUAUUUAUGACCUUUACUGUAGCCAGGCUAGCCUUGGUAUUUCUGUUCGGCCUGAAGUAAGAGAAGCUUGGACGAUCGUGAAGGAUGCAGCAGGAAAGGCUAUGGAUGUGCUGUUUGGACGUGAAGACUAUUUGGCUUUGCAGGCUGGUCCAUUUCUCAAUGAAUUCUAUGAGAAAAGCUCCGCUGUCAUGGCUGGGAACGAUGCACAGAAGUUGAGGGUAUACUCGGCGCAUGACGUCACCGUCUACUACUGGAUGUCUGCCGCCAAAGUGAGACCGAAGCAGGGAGUGCCAUAUUAUAAUGCAGUCUUCGCACUGGAACUGAGGAGGGUCGUCGAAACCGGAAAAUAUGUGGUCCUGCCGCUGUACGCCAGUUCACCCGGUCAACCGGUCCAGUACUUGAAAGUGGAAGGGUGCGGAACGGAACUCUGCGACAUCGACGAGUUCCGGGAGAUCACCGCGCCGUACACCCUGGACGAGAAGACGUGGAGGAAGGAGUGCGAAUUCGACGAAGACAUAGAAAUCGAUGAUUUGUCUAUG